CUCUGCUCUGCACAGGCCUUGGUGCUCUUGCGCGCAGCAGCAACGCCGCGCCGCGGCCCCGAUCAGGAAGUGAAUGUGAAGAAAAUAAGCAACUGUGGAGGUAGAAUGACAUAGAGGGGGAGAGGUGGGAGAGAAACUAGCGGAGAAAGAAGAGACUAUCGGAGGGAGGGAUCGACCCUGUGUCUUUGGACCUGUACAUUCAGCUGCUUCUGCUUCCUCUCUGGGAUUCACUGACUUCACCGCCAAAAAAAAUGCUUAUAAAGGAAUUUCGAGUGAUUCUUCCUAUCUCUGUGGAAGAGUACCAGGUGGGCCAGCUCUACUCUGUGGCUGAGGCCAGUAAGAAUGAGACCGGCGGAGGAGAAGGAGUGGAGGUGCUAAAAAAUGAGCCCUAUGAGAAAGAUGGAGAGAAGGGACAGUACACACACAAAAUCUACCAUUUGCAGAGUAAAGUGCCGUCAUUCGUCAGAAUGUUGGCUCCUUCUUCAGCUCUGAACAUCCACGAGAAGGCCUGGAAUGCAUACCCAUACUGUCGCACAGUUAUCACUAACGAGUAUAUGAAAGAUAACUUCCUGAUCAAGAUCGAGACAUGGCACAAACCUGACACGGGACACCUUGAAAAUGUACACGGUUUGGAUGCAGAAACCUGGAAGAAGGUGGACGUAGUCUAUAUUGACAUUGCAGACAGAAGCCAAGUGGAUUCGAAGGACUACAAGCCAGAGGAGGAUCCCUGCAGGUACAAGUCAGUGAAGACAGGACGAGGCCCUCUAGGACCAGACUGGAAGAAGGAACUUCCGAACAAGAAAGACUGCCCACACAUGUGUGCCUACAAACUGGUCACCGUUAAAUUCAAGUGGUGGGGCCUGCAAAAUAAAGUGGAGAACUUCAUUCAAAAGCAAGAGAAGCGUUUGUUCACUAACUUCCACCGUCAGCUGUUCUGCUGGAUCGACAAGUGGAUUGACUUGAACAUGGAGGACAUUCGUCGCAUGGAGGAGGAGACGCGCAAGGAGCUAGAUGAGAUGAGAGUGAAGGACCCAGUUAAAGGGAUGGUGGCUCUAGAGGACUGAGGUUGUGUUGGACCGUGAAUGCUGCUGCUCAUCAGAUAAGAAUACCCAGACACCAGCGGAUUCACAUCCUCCUCCUAUUCCAACUGACACAAUGUCUGACCGGCCAGUCCAACAACCCAACAACAACCCAACCUACAGCCCCCCCCCCCCCCCCCCCCCUUCCCUCCUGCUACAGUCUGGUUUUCAGGGACCUGGACCCAGUAAACUCCAUCAUGACCCUCCUCCCUUCCCAUCCAUCUCCAUUGUUUCUCUCCAUCCAGUGUCCCCAUCUUAUGAACUGCUCUGAGGCCUCCAGUAGCAACAUUAUAAAUCUCGUCAGUCCUCUCUCUCUCUCUCUCUCAGCCUCUGAACCGUUCUAAACUACAGAGAAUAGCGCCGUUAUUUCUGCAAUUUAGGAUUUAUUUCUAAUUAAGAUAUCCUACUGAUUUGUAAAUAUACAGUAAACCGUAUAUUGGGGAGCUGAAAGUUGUAUUGAAAUAUACAGUAUAUAUAUAUAUAUAAAUAUAUAAACAGGGUUUUUAAGAUGAUUCUGUGUGUAAGUUUGUCUGCGUAUUUUUUCCAGACCAAGCUGUAUCUGCUCAGUGUUGAGUUUUUUUUCCUGAUUUGUCAUUGUACCUCCUUCUCUCCAUUUGUGUCUACUUUUAUGCAGUGUUUCCUUCUGUUGCCGUUGUCCACAAACCAUCGCUGCAAGGUCGGGGUUUUUGAUAGCUUGGUCUGCUGUACUCCUGACCUAUCAGUUAGGAUUCUUUUCCCUCGUAGCUUCCUUGAUAUGUUGAGGCAUUUGAUGGCUUUUCUGCUGCUUUGUGAGUUUGUGUGCGCACGCUUCGGUUUAUGUGUGUGGGUGUUUAUAGGUGUGUGUGUGUGUGUGUGUGUGUGUGUGUGUUGCUGUAGCGUUGGAAAAUUACCAAGGUUUCUUGUUGUUGUUGUGUUUUUUUUGUUUUGUUUUUUUAAAUUCUUUUACCUGAUCAUUUCUAGCUUUUCAGUUUCACCCGGCUGUUCGAACAGACUGAUAACAGUGCAGUAGUUGAAUUUAAACAUGCAGUAUCACACACACACACACACACACACACACACACACACACACACACACACACAUAAACAAAGACAGAAAAGUAUACAAGGAUAGAUGUAAAAUGCGUAGAGGACCAGCCAUCAAUCAGACCGUCUCACUUUGUUCUUCUUGUCUGACAGUCUCUCCUUUCACCCGUUAAACUCUUUCAUGGCGGUGAUUUUAACAUCGUAGAUACACUUCUACUCCCGCUUGCUGUAGAUAGGUAAAUGGUUCUUUCAUAGUAAAAUGUCACCAGUUCUUGCCCUGUCCCCCAUCCCAUCACUUCCAGUGGAUAAAUGGUCUUAUCCAGCGAUAGCAAUAACUACCAUGACACGUUGGUCUCUCCUGUAUCAUUGCCGGUCUAUCUCACUCUGCUGCCUGUUCCAAGACUGAAAACAGUUUUACGUAAAGCAGAGCACACGGUCAAGGAUUGUGAAGAUGUUGAUUGGUCAUUAAGUGCUGGUUUAUUGUGUUUGUCUUUGGAUGAGCUGGGUUUUUUUUGUCCUGCUGGAAUCUCAAGCUGGUUAUUUGUGAUAGUGUGUUUUUCAGUAUAUGCAUGAGUGUUAAUGAGUGAUGUACAGUAGCGUGUCUAUGCUGGCUGGGUUAAGAGAGGGGGAAGUAGUGGAGAACUUUUUGACGUCUGUUUGGCCUCCUUUGUCCUCACUUUUUUUUUUCUCCUCGGUUUACUUUGUAUCCAUAUUUUUUCGAAUGUGUGGAAACUUCAAAGAGCAAGCAACAGAUCACAUCAUUAAAACGAAUAUCAUAUUACUGAUACACGUCGUCAUAUUCGACCACCAUGGUCAGAAAAACUGCCACCACAGCAAGCUUAUAAUGAAAUGAAAAGAAAUGAAAACUUUCCUUUCUACACUCAAAGCACUUAAAGGGAUUCUACAUAUAAAUGGUCCACACCUAGAUAUAUGUAAAGAAGUUUAAAAACUGCUUACACUGGGUGCUGGAUAGCCUAGCGGUGUGUUGCACGCCUCCUGUACAAAGGCUGUUGUCCUCGACACGGCUACCAUGGGUUUGAAUCCGACCUCGUCCCUUUGCUGCAUGUCUUCCCUAACUCCCUGUCUCUCUUCCAUUGUCCUUAUCUAACAAAGGCAGGAAGGCCCAAAAAAUAACUUAAAAGACAGAAAAAUGCUAGUACUUAUGACUUAGUAUUGGUUACAUAUUUUUAUUUUAGAAAUGUAACAGUUCUGGGUCCAGUUUUCCAGAUAUCUAAGCAAAGUGUAAACUUUUUUUAGUCCCCCUUAGAAGGUUAUAAAUGAGGUGCAUACAAAUAAUUACAGGCUAUUUUCAUAGUAGCCUGUGAUGUGCAACAAGUUACAAUUUAUAUACUUAUUUGUUCUUUAUAGCUCACUAUAACCCUGAGUUGCUCCUCUUAGAAGGCAGCACUGAAACUGUCUUUAGGGCCUCUUUAAUUAUGACUCAUCAAAUAUCACGUCCCAUCAUUACUUUGUUUUUGUAGAGUUUGCAUUAUGUGUUCACCUGCAUUAAUUGUAAGAUACAUUUCUAUGAAGUGCAGCAAUUUAGAUUGUAUAAUUGUUUGUCCUAGCUAUGAUAAAUGAUGUUUGGGUGAAGGUUCAUCCUUAAAGAUACUACAUAUGGAUAAUAUUUGUGUAGUUUUGGUUUGUUUAGUAGUCCAAACAUCUAAGUGUUUUCUUAAAGCUCCUGUGAGGAUUUUUUUUAUCUGACUGUGAAGCAGACUGACAUUAAUAGGGAUGCUUCUAUAUGCCCUACAAAAGCAAAAGAGACCAUCAGGAAGAAGACUGACUAUUUCUAUAAUGUUAUUUUCAUUGCCUGUAAACACUGCUGCGGGGUAGGUGUCAGACGAGAGCAGGAUGAGAUUUCUAUCAUCAGACACUUUGUUUACAAGUAUCACAGAAACUGACACAAAAGUUCCUCACAGGAGCUUUAAGCCCAAGCACAGCAGUCAAUAAAUCUAGUAUUGGCAAUAAGGAUACUAAGCUGUAAAGACCCAUUCACAGCUGUUCAGGACAUUGGCGAAUGCUCAAGGAUAGUUUCUACUUGCCUCAGAGAAACUCCUUUUACAAUUUUGAAAAUCAGCGCUUUUCCUUCAGUCUUAUUAAUGACCAUCAUUUAAAGUUGAUACAACCAUCACUACUUCCUGUUGCCUCCUCUUUAAAGAAAGCACUUGUCCAACCCUAUACCUCUCUCUGUGUCCAUCAAGCAUCUCACUCACUGUCUGUGAUGGGGUUACCAACUGAGUCAUGGAGAUCUGUGGAUGUACUGUAUGUAUUGACUCUGUAAAUAGUAAAUAAAUUAAUGUAGAUGAACACACAUAUAUAGAUCAGACUGUCCUGCCAAACCUACAGCACACUUUCUUGAAACUUGAUCCGCCUUUAACAUCGCUAAAAAUUCAACGUUUCACAGAAGUCUCUCUCACAGAGGUUUUAUUGUAAGGCAAAUAUAGUUAGAGUUGCUGAGUUUUAGUUCUGAGAAGACAUUGACCAAAAUAUCAUCAUCUCUAGUCGUUUAAAAUUUUUAGUAGUAAGUGGAAAAAUAAAUGAAAGAAAAGCAAAAACCCUGUUCACUAGCUCCCCUCCUUAUCACAUCGUUCCCCCACAGGGACCAUGUCUCAUUGGCAGGACGGUGCAUAAAUAUAUAUUUUUGUUCUGAGUGUUGUUGUACCUCUGUUGUCAGUCUCUGAACUACACUCUCACUAAAAAGGAACAUGUAUAACGGCAGCUUGGGUCACUUCAUUGAUCCACAUAACUAGCUGAUGGUGUCAGCUCUAAAUGGAGCCUCAGUGAAAGUCAGAUUUUUCCCUCCCGUGGUUAGUUAAGGGAUAUCGAGGGAAAUUAUUCUACAUUUAAGAGCAGCUUCAACCAGGUAGCCUACUGGAGGGUUGGAGUUUAGAGCUAUGGACCAUAUUCAGAAGGUGGCAAUUUUCUUUUGAUGUCAGUGGGAAGCUCUGUUGUAAUAAUAAACAGCUGUGUUCAAGAUUGCUAAAUGAGGGAAUCGAAUCACUAACAUAAUUCUGCUUGGGCUAUAGAUUGAUCAGAAACAGAUUGUGAAAAAGACAUAUUUCAUAAGUAACUGAAAGUUAAAGCCAAACCCUAACCCACAGCUAACAUUAGCAUUCAACCAAUUCCUAGUUAACAUCACAUUCAGCUAGCUAACACUACUGUUAGCAAGGAAUUUGAGGUUUUUUUUUAAUCAUGUGUAAGAUUAUCAAAUGGUAUUGCUAUCUUUUAACGAAGUUGAAGGUUAACUUGAGCUGUUGUUAAUUUUAGCAUUCAGCUAAUUACGAGCUAACACUGUCACAGAAUUAAAGGAGCAACUUUAGAGGAAUGAUAUCAUUGUUAGCCUGCUAACAUUAACGAUAACAAGGAAUUGUUAGCCACAUUGAACGCUUAUGUAAGAUGUCUUUCUGUGGCUUAAUAGUUAUCAAAAAAGUUUCAACUUGAAUUUUAUGGCCUGAACUCCCUCCAGAAGUUCACCAUCUGUUGUCUUAAAAGUUGCUGAUCAAUCUGAAAGCAGUUAAAUUACAACAAUAUGUCACAUACACUAAACUGAUGCAACCUGGCCUUCAGCACAAUGAUGAUAUUUAUAACAACGUUUUAGCUUUGCACCCGGAGCAUUCUGUCACUGGAAAGUCGCCACUGUGUGAAUAUUGUCAAUAGAGCAAAAAAGCUAAGACAAUGUACGUUGUUGUAUGAAAAAAAAGAUAAAGAAAGUCGGUCCAUUUUAAGAGCCUACAGACACCAUUCAAACUUGUGAGAGAACAUGGUGUAACAGAGACAAUCUCAUAGAUAUCUGUUGUUAGAUUCCUCGAUUUAUAAUCAGAACAUGAAAACCAAAUGAUUCCACAACCCCAAACUGUUUUUAAAUUGUUAAAGCUCUCUCUCUCUUUCUCGCUUUCUGUCUCUCUCUAACUCUCUCUCUCACUCCUGUUAACUUGUCUCCUGUUUUUUUUCUUUUAUUGUAAAUUUGUGCCUUUUUGUCAUCUUAUCUUCUAAUAACACUACUGUACAUUGGAGACAUAAAGAAAUGAAUAAAAAGAAGCAAAGCAACUGUACAUAA